AUGAUCGCUGCAAAUACUGCUCGGAAAGUCCUCAAUCACAUGGCGAAGAACUACAAAGAAAAAGCGAAGUAUUUUCCCUUAAAGAAGGCACACGAUGCUGCCGUGAAGCACCUCCAUGAAGGGAAAGAAGAAUCCCCCUUGAAGGCAGAGACAAUUUCAACUUGUAACCCUGACCUUCAGUCUCUAUUGAAGGACAUGACGGGAUGGUUCCCGCAGGACGAAUGUUUGAUGACCCAGGGUGUUCCUGAAACACACUUUGAACAUGACAUCCAGCCAUCCGCUCGUCAUGACUGGAAUUCGCUUCCCAUUCGCGGAAUUCGUAUGGAUUACAAGACUUUCGUAGGGGAAGGCGUUUCAGAGGAGCUACAGAACGUGAAAUUGUAG